GCACACACACCUCUCUUCUCUUCCCUCUAUUUAUUUCUCCACUGAAACACCACACCACACAACACGACACAAAACAAAAUCGAAAAAUUCGAACGUUAUAGAACCGCCACAGAGAGAGAAAUGUCUUGUACCGUUGCAAUCUCGAACUCACCUGUGUUCUCUCCGUCUAGGGUUUGUUCUUCUCCUUUCUGCAAAUCCUCACUCUCAUCUUCCCCAGAUAAAACCCUUACUCUAACCCUAACCCUCUCGCCUUCUUCUUCUUCGCCGUUUAGGCUUCGGCUACAGAAGCCUCCGAGCGGGCUUGAUAGGGCUUCUAACGAUUGUGCGGUUUCGACUUCGUCUUCGUCUUCUUCUCCGCCGGCGCUGUUGAAGAGGAAGAGGCCGGCGAGGCUGGAUAUUCCGAAUUCGGGAAUGGGUUUUGGUGGUGGUUGUGUGGCGACGCCGGUGGUGGGAGUGGAGAGGAGGGAGGUUGUGGAGGCUGAGAGUGAUGGGUAUUCGGUGUUUUGUAAGAGGGGAAGAAGGGAAGCCAUGGAAGAUAGGUACUCGGCCCUCCUCAAUCUUCAAGGAGAUCCCAAACAGGCCUUCUUUGGUAUUUUUGACGGGCAUGGAGGUGCAAAGGCUGCCAAGUUUGCAGCAGAAAACUUGGAUAAGAACAUUUUGGAUGAACUUGAAAGAAGAGACGAAGAAGAUACAGAGGAAGCUGUUAAAUUUGGGUAUCUGAACACAGAUUCUGAAUUUCUAAAGGAAGAUGUCAGCGGUGGAACAUGCUGUGUCACAGCUCUGAUCAGGAACGGCAGUCUUGUUGUGUCCAAUGCUGGGGAUUGUCGUGCUGUAAUGAGCAGAGGAGGGAUUGCCAAGGCCCUUACAUCGGAUCACCGGCCUUCAAGGGACGAUGAAAAAGCGAGAAUUGAGAGCUCGGGUGGCUAUGUCAAUUGUUGUAAUGGUGUUUGGAGAAUUCUGGGAUCUUUGGCUGUAUCGAGAGGAAUCGGAGAUCGACACCUAAAACAAUGGGUAACAGCAGAGCCAGAAACAAAAAUCUUUAGAAUUGAAUCCGAUUUGGAGUUCUUAAUCCUUGCUUCUGAUGGCUUGUGGGAUAAGGUUAGUAAUCAAGAAGCAGUAGAUAUAGCUCGUCCUUUGUGCAUGGGCAUCCCAAAGCCAGAACCGCUUACAGCCUGUAAAAAGCUUGCUGCUCUCUCUGUUUCACGAGGCUCUACUGAUGACAUUAGUGUGAUGCUGAUUCAAUUGGGACACUUUUAUUGAUAGCACAAGGCCGUUACUGUAAAAUAGAAAUCAAGAAGCAGCAUUGAUGUUGCUCUUCUUUUGUGCAUAGGUAACUAAAAUCCAAAACCGCUCUCAGCCUCCCUCCCUUGCUUCACGAGGUUCGAUUGGGACAUUUUUUUUUGAUGAUCCCAGGACACUAGUAUAAUCAUUAAACUAGAAUCCGACACAGUUUUAAGGACAUUUGUCUUCUCUUCAGAGUAAAUUGCAAUAUGCAAGGUUAUGGCAAUUGAUGCUGUUGACGGCAGAAAGGCUCCAGUAUACAAAGCGUUGUUACCGGACUAGUUUUGCAGGAACUCUUACACUGGCUAUUUAUACAACUGUAACCUCUGAUCUGUAAUUUUUUCUUCUCUUCUCCUCUUUUUUAUUUUUUAUUUUUUUUGGUACUAACCUGAAUUUUUUCUUUUCUUUUCUUCUAUCAAUUGGUUUUUUUACUGUAAAUUAUUUUUCUUUAAUUAUACAAGAUUCGUGUUGGCUCAGUA